CAGGAGCUGGCGGCGAGCCGGGCGCGGGGACAUGCGCGGCCGCCUGUGGCUGAGCCUGCUGUGGCUGUGGCUGGCGCGGGCGCCUGGAGCCGCGGCGACCGCAAACAGCCCGCGGAGACCGCGCAGCUACCCACACCUGGAGGGCGACGUGCGCUGGAGGCGCCUCUUCUCCUCCACCCACUUCUUCCUGCGCGUGGACCCCAGCGGCCGCGUGCAGGGCACCCGCUGGCGUCACGGCGCUGACAGCAUCAUUGAGAUCCGAUCCAUCCGUGUGGGCGUUGUGGCCCUCAAGGCUGUGCACACCGGCUUCUACGUGGCCAUGAACCGCGGGGGCCAUCCCUACGGGUCGCGGGUCUACACCACCCACUGCAGGUUCCAGGAGCGCAUCGAGGAGAACGGCUACAACACCUACGCCUCCCUCCGCUGGCGUCACCACGGUCGGCCAAUGUUCCUGGCGCUGGAUGGGCAAGGGUCUCCGAGGCGUGGUGGCCGGACACAGCGGCACCACCUGUCCACCCACUUCCUGCCCGUCCUGGUCUCCUGAGGACCCCAGGGGCCACAAGGAGCGGCUGGACGGAGAUCCCACAAGAUGCCUGAGCUGCGUGCCUGGGGGCCGCGGAGCCCCGGGGCCCUGGCCAAGCACGUCUGGUCCCUCUUCUCCACAAGCAUUAACGGGUGUGUGCAGUGUGCCGGGCUGGGGACACUGGAGGACCCCCACAGAUGCGGCCUGACCCCCGGGGAGCUCUGGGCUGAGUCUGCGGGGCGGUGGGCGCUGAGCUGAGCACAGGCCACAGGUGUCUGUCCACAGGCUGGGGGGCAUGGAGGCCCCACUCGCCACCCCGGCUGGAGACCGAAGGCCCGGGAAGGGCGCUCCGGGCCGGGACACCGCCCAGGGCAAAGGCUCUGAGGCGGGAACCCACUGGUGUCCAAGGCAGGGGGGGAUGUCUGAGGGCCAAGGGAGACCGGGCGACAUGGAUGUGCUGCGGGUCGCGGGUCCCUGUGGCUUCUGUCACCUCACGUGGCACUGGGGACCUUGUCAAGACCUCUGAGACGGGGUGACCCUGGGUUGGGGGGGAGCUGCGUCGUCAUGAGGUCCUCAGGAGAGGGAGGCAGAGAGACAGGCAGACCCCGUGCUGCUGGCGGAGAGGACGGAGGAGGGGCCGCGGGCCAAGGGGGCUUCACGUCAGCGUCCUUCGGGGGCUCGGGGGCUCCAGAGCAGCCGUGCCUGCGGCCCACCCGGCGCUCCUGAGCCCUCACCCCCAGCUGAGCCCCCGCAGAAGGAAAGGGGCGGAGCUAAGAGCCCAGGUCCAACCCCCAGCUCUGCAGCCUUGGGUCAGGGGGCCCCACCCUGGCCGCUGUGGGCCGCUCUGCUUGGGGAAGACCGUCCCCAGAGAGGGGGCAUGUGCGGACUGGACGCUCCCUGGGGUGAAGGCUCCCCCCGCCCGUGGCCACCCAAACAAAUACGCAGUCAGCCGCGGAGCGGGCAGGGGGCUGGGUGGCGCCCCGACAGGCCCUGCCUUGGCUCUCCUUCCGUGACCCCGUGAAGCUGCCGCCGGCCGCCGGGGUCCCGGGGCCGGGCCUGCGGCCGUGGGGCCCGCCAAGGCUGGGGAAGCUGGGCCGCCUCCAGCGCCGACGCAGAAGGAAAAGACGCCAAACUACCUGCUUCUCUUUCUAAGUAGGUGUAUUUUUAAAUAGCUUUCAAGAUACACAUAUUUUUUCCUUUAAAAAACGUCUGUCGGAGCAGUUUUGUUCUUGUUUGGCUGGUCAUCCUGUGGUCCCGA